AUGUCCUUCUCUCCGAAGUUGAACGGGAGGACGCGAGAUGCAGCAAGGGAAUUUGUUCUUCAGAAAAUGCCUAGUAGUAGUGAUGACAACAUGGAAACUCCUUCCCGAAGAAAUAUCCUAUCCAGCAUUGGUUUGAUUGGAGCAAGUGUUUUGUUCUCAGCAAUGAUUCCUCCCACAGCGUCAUUGGCCGCCGAAACAGAGAGUUUUGCAGAAAUUGCUGCCAGAGCCAACAAGAUUUCCAAAGAAAUGGAAUCAGCUCCGUCAAUAUCGGAAGUCCGCAAGACAGACAAGACCAUGUAUGACUUUUCCUUGCCUGUAGAGGGUGCUGACAAAAGUCUCCUGGAUGUUGUGAGACAACAAUUUGAUGAUGCAGGCAACAAUGCCAAAGUAAAGGCAGUUCUAGUGGUGAACAUCAAACAAGACGAUCCUGUGGCUCGCAAGGAUAUUCCUGAACUGAUUUCUCUUGUUACAAAAUAUGGGCGCAAUGGCGAGUUUGUGGUUGUUUGUUGUCCUACUGAGCAAGGAUACUUUGAACCUGAUACAUCCACCUUGAUCCGCUUGAAGCUGGCAUCAGAAUAUGGAUAUGGUAUCAACCCAGCAUCUGUUGUCACGGAUAAGGUGAACCUGCUAGGCACAGGUGCCCAUCCUUUCUGGAGGUGGUUAGAGGGAACCAGUAGAAGUCCCGCUGGGCUUGGAAGAGUCCAGGGCAACUUUGAAAAGUUCUUGCUGGAUGGUAGGACAGGACUUCCUCUUCGACGAUACCCAAGAAAAUACAUGCCACUGGAUAUUAGAGAUGACAUUGAGGCAGUUAUUGCUGGUAGACCCAUUCCUCCUGCAGGUGCCAACUGGGCUGAGGAGUGGCGAGGUGCUGCAGCAGAGGCUGAACGAGAUACCUAUCGUUUCGAGAAGGGGUUGAAUGUCUUUGAUCAAUAG